GGGAAACCAAAAUGGCGAACGUGCUGGGGGAAAAUGAACCGUUUGUUAUUUUCUGAAGAAGAUACAAGCCCCGCAAGUUUUCGCGAAAUACUUUUGAAAUAAAUUCAACUACAGAAAGAGCGAGAUACCAGCGGCCAUUCCUACUGAGUUAUUUUGUCGUGCGAGUUAUUUGUAGAAGCGGAGGUGACCGAAUGAGAGACUCAGGGGUUGUGGAUCACCUGUCUGUCCAUCACAGAGCUCACCCCCAGCGGCAGCAGCAGGCUGUGUCCUUGUCCCCCACAAGCCUUUCUGCUAGGGGAGAGUAUGGAGAAGACGAAAUGUCUGGCAGGUUUACAGAGGGACAGGAAGUAUUGGCCCGGUGGUCAGAUGGCUUGUUCUACUUGGGGACAAUCACAAAGAUAGAUCGGGACAAGCAGCGAUGCUUUGUGGUCUUUGAGGAUCGGUCAAAGUCAUGGGUUCUGUGGAAGGACAUUCAGACAGGGGAUGAAGAUGAUGAGGAUGAUGAGGACGAUGACAUUGUGUGCUCCAUAUGUCAGGAUGAAACUUCAGAGGAACCUAAUGAGAUUGUCAUUUGUGACAAGUGUGGACAAGGCUACCAUCAGCUGUGCCACUCCCCCAUUAUUGAUGCCUCUGUCAUCGACUCAGAUGACAAGUGGCUCUGCUCAGAGUGUGAGCUUACGUCUAUACCUAAGAGGGGGGGUGCACACAGGAGGGGAGCGUCUGCUAAAGGCUUUCUGCAGCAAGAGCAGCAGCAGCACAUGGAGCUGCACCUGUCCUUCCCAUAUGCCCUGGAUGAACUGGUGUGGGACCAAGGCCACAAGACUAACAUCCAACAGUGUUACUGCUACUGUGGAGGCCCGGGAGACUGGUACCUGAAGAUGUUGCAGUGUAACACGUGUCAGCAGUGGUUCCAUGAGGCCUGUCUCCAUUGCUUACAGAUGCCCAUGCUCUAUGGAGAUAGGUUUUACCUGUUUGUUUGUUCCGUUUGCAAUGGUGGACCAGAGUACCUCAGCCGACUGCCUCUCAGAUGGGAGGAUGUCGCACACUUGAGCUUGUACAACUUGAGUGUGAUCCACAAAAAGAAGUACUUUGACUCUGAGAUGGACCUGAUGGCCUACAUCAAUGACAACUGGGAGAUGCUGCAGCUCGGGGAGCUCUCCAACACUCCGAGAUCAGAGCGAUAUGAAUGUGUUCUUGAGGCAUUAAACAACAACAGCAGCAUGUUCAUGUCAGGGAAGGAGGUGAAGAAAAAGAAGCACUUGUUUGGCCUGAGGAUCCGUUUCCCUCCCGCUCCCCCCAACUCUGAUGAGCCAAGCAGCAGAAUGAUGGAGAGGGCUUCACAUGAAAUCACCAUUAAGGGUUGCAAGUCCACCAAAGCCCUGUCUGGCAUGAGGACUUGCGCUACUCUAACCAAUGGCACAGAGAAGAAGAAGAAAAAGAGGAAGCAAGGAGCACGUUCUCUGGAAACUCUGGCUAAACCACAACGCUCCAGUGAACUUUUGUCCCAGCAAAUAAGAAAGCCUCUACCACUAGAGCCCCAUGCAUUGGACCACUUAACUUCUAUCAAGAAUGGCAGGUCUCUGCUGUCUUCACAAACUUCAGAUGUGGAAUCCAUAGGAGCCCUGAGCACCUCAGAAACUACCUCAACUAGCAUUUCAAGACAGUCCAGCCUCUGUAGCUCCAGCAAGACGCGCACGACAGCCUGCAUCAUGCCUGUUUCCUCUCCACCCAUAAAAAGGAAACGUGGGCGGCCACGGCGGGCCCUGCAGCCCCCUAACCCGGAGAUCCCCCCUCCCAGCCAUGCAGACCCAAACCCCUCAGCGACAGAGAUGCUGAGCAGCCUCCCAGGGCUUCACUCAACAGACAUAGUUCAUGGCAUGGACCCCAACAGCCAGCUCUCCCACCUCAAGAGCUCCAUCAGCAGCUAUUUCGGAGCAGCAGGGCGGCUGGCUUGCGGGGAAAAGUACAAAGUCCUGGCCCGACGGGUCACCCUCGACGGCAAGGUGCAGUACCUGGUGGAGUGGGAAGGAGUCACUGCCUCCUAGGCCUCUCACUUUCAUCAUCCCUUCUAACGUUUAACCAGCACCUACAAGAAGUUUAUGGCUGUGGUGAGGAUGCUUGCACAGCCUGUAUUCAGAGCAUUAAUUGAUAUAUGCCUUUGUUUAGUUUAGACAGAAGCACGUUUUGCCUGUUAAGCUUACUGUAAAGCCUACUGGUUCUGUGCAGUCCAAGGUGAUUACAGCACAUUUAAACAUAUGUAUUUUCUUCAUGUGUUUAAAGAUUACAGUUCAUUCAUAAAGACGAGGCAUUGUCAUUUCACCACACCAUGUUUGUUAUUCUGCUUUUAACUUUCAUUAUCUGCUUUGAAUGUUUACAGGACACCCCAUUUAUUCAGGGGCAAAUAAUUGAUCAGUGGACUGCACCUGUAGGCUUUCAGUGAACCCGUUAUUGUGCUUGAUCCAGUGAUAUGCUUUUUCAUUUUCAGACCCAUUACGUAUAAACUUGUAAGAAAUGAACAAAAUGUAGUUGGUCGAACAUUUAAACGGUGAAUCCUGGGGGAUAAGAGAAAGAGGGGAAGUUUAGUUCAAACAUAUAUUUUUUUGACAAAUUGCAGUCAUGUUGUGAAGAAUUACAUAUGUUUGGUUAACAUUUAUUUUCUAACAAAUUUGGUAAAUAACAUGUCCCUUUACAUCAGUGUCCCCUCCUUCUCUAGUACCUCUUGUUGCCUUGGGCAGACAUAUCCUUCAGUUCUCUUUGGAAAGGCUGCUCAUUUGUGAGCAGCUCAGGAGGAAAUCGAAACAAAAGAGAUGUGCUGCUGCAAAUGUUUAUUAUUUUAUAUAGAAUUAUACUACAUUUAUUAUUACCUUUUCUACUUGUACUUUUUCGUAUGCCUUUUCCAUUCAACAAGGCAGAUUUCUCUGCUUUCCUUCUUUUUUUUUUUCCAAUUAUGGAUUGCACAUAUCAAAUUAUAUCUAUUUGGCCAGCAUCUCAUUUUGAACAGAUAAAUUAAGGUUUUUCAGCCCCUAAAAGGCAGCAUGUAGAUCAUAACUCCCAACCAUUCAAGUGUGAGAUUCUUUAAAAUAACACCCCCAAAUGAAGUUUAAUUACAAGUUAUAAUUGUUAAUAACUCCAUACCCAAGAGGAUACUUAGUAAGCUGUGUGCAUUCUGAAAAAAAAAAAAAUUGUUUUCGUAGUAAAAAUUUUAAGAAACUUCAGUGUCUUUGUCUAAACACAUAUCCUUUUAAAGCAUUUUGAUUUGAAAGCGAUAAAAUGACUGUUAACUUUGAGAUCUUUAAGGACCUAUUUAGUUUUUACUUUGUCUGAUAGUUAUUCAAAAAAAAUAAUAAAGUGCUGCGUAAGAUGAAUGUUGUAUACCCAGUUCCCAGUUCAGAAUUGUUUUACCUUUUUUUUGUGCUGCCUAUGCAAGUUAGUCCUGGAAAAAAUGUUCUGUUUCAUACAACUUGACGACAUUGAACUUCAGCAUCACUAUUUUGUCGAUUUGACUCAGGUGUUUCAGUUGUCAUGUGACGGGUGCAACAAAAAAUUUACUUUAAAAAAAAAAUGCACUUGGAUUUUUGCUUUUAGAGUCAAGUUCACCUUGUAGUCUACACACUCAGGAUAUGCCCAAAAACUUCACUGUAUUGCAUAGGCCGGCAUUUGCAGCUUGACAGGAGGUUUAUAAGUUAUUUACUCAGUGUUUUUUUUUGGUCAGUAUUUUUUAUAUCAGGUCCUCCAUUUGUCACUUUUCUUUGGACCGUUAUGUAAGUAUGCCUUUUUUUUUCUAUGAGCAAAAUAAUUUGUAGUCCAUUUUUACUGCAGCAAUUGCUUGUUUAAACUGAGUCAGAAAACAAUCACUGGAAAACUAAUGUGCUGUAUGUCAGUGCUAGAGGUAAAUAUUCAGUUAGUAUGGCUGUCUCCUUUUGGAGAUGUUUUUGUUAAAAUGGACAGACCUGUUUGGCACUGAUACCUCCUCAUUGUAUGGAUGGAGUCAGUGCAUUUGAAGCUUCUCUCUUCUGUUCAGUCAGUGUCUCAGCCCACAUGUUGCCACCACUGACUUCCAGCAGGCUUCUGCAGCCAAAGAACGUUCGUCUGCUUUGUCUCUUGAGAUUCUUCUUAUUACAUUUUUACACAUCAUUAUAUAGGUUGACGUGUUACUUCUGAACCUGUUUUGUUAAAGGUUGAA